AUGAAGUUCGGUGAGCAUCUGAACAGAUCGCUAAUCAGGGAAUAUAGCUACUAUUACAUCUGCUAUGAUGACUUGAAGAAUGAACUACAAGAGAACCUUGAGGCCAAUCACAGGAAAUGGAACGACGAGUUGGAAACACAGUUCUUGGAAUCUUUGGAAGUGGAAUUGGACAAGGUAUACACUUUUUGCAAAGUGAAGCACAAUGAAGUCAUCAGACGGGUAAAGGAGGCCCAAGACCAGGUUCAAAUGACUGUGCGUGCUCUGGACUCUAAUACACCACCUUCAGACCUUGACUUUGAGAUUUUGGAAGACGAGCUCUCCGACAUCAUCGCUGAUGUGCAUGAUCUCGCGAAAUUCUCGAGACUAAACUACACCGGAUUCCAAAAAAUCAUCAAGAAGCACGACAAGAACACUAAGUUCAUCUUGAAGCCGGUUUUUCAAGUUAGAUUAGACUCCAAGCCAUUUUUCAAGGAAAACUACGAUGAUUUGGUGGUCAAAAUUUCGCAGCUAUACGACUUAGUUAGAACGAGAGGUCAUCCAGUUCUCGGUGACUCUGCUGCCGGUGGUAAGCAACAGAACUUCGUCAGACAAACCACCAAAUACUGGGUUCAUCCCGACAACAUCACAGAGUUAAAGCUGAUUAUUUUGAAGCACUUGCCCGUAUUGGUUUUCAACACUAAUAAAGAAUUUGAGAAGGAGGAUUCUGCCAUUACUUCCAUCUAUUACGAUAACGAAGACUUAGAUUUGUAUUACGGUCGUUUAAGAAAAGAUGAAGGUGCCGAGGCACACAGAUUGAGAUGGUACGGUGGCAUGGGAUCGGACACGGUCUUUGUUGAGAGAAAAACCCACAGAGAAGACUGGACCGGUGAGAAAUCUGUUAAAGCAAGAUUUGCUCUUAAAGAGCGUUAUGUCAAUGACUUUAUGAAGGGUCAGUACACCGUCGAAAAGGCUUUCGCAAAGAUGCGCAAAGAGGGUAAGAAGUCACUUAAAGAAAUUGAAAACUUGGAAGCUUUAGCUACUGAAAUUCAGUACACAGUUUUGAAGAAGAAGUUGAGACCUGUUGUCAGAUCCUUCUAUAAUAGAACAGCAUUCCAGUUGCCCGGCGAUGCUCGUGUCCGUAUUUCUUUGGAUACUGAAUUGACCAUGGUUAGAGAAGAUAAUUUUGACGGAUAUGAUAGAACACAUGGUAAUUGGAGAAGAAUGGACAUCGGUGUAGACUGGCCAUUCAAGCAAUUGGCUGAUAAAGAUGUGUGCAGAUUCCCUUACGCAGUAUUGGAAGUUAAAUUGCAAACUCAACUUGGCCAAGAGCCUCCCGAAUGGGUCCGUGAAUUGGUUGGUUCCCAUCUAGUCGAACCCGUUCCAAAGUUCUCCAAGUUUAUUCACGGUGUUGCUACCUUAUUGAAUGAUAAAGUAGAAUCUAUACCAUUCUGGCUACCUCAAAUGGGUGUCGAUAUCAGAAAGCCCGCAAUUCCAACGCAGAUUAACAUUAGCAGACCAGGAAGGGAAGACAAUGAUAGCGAUGACAAUUACAGCGGCGAUGCCGCUGGAAACAAUCUAGAUGCAGAAGAAUUAGUGGGAUAUGGUGCUAUUGAGGGUGCUGGCACCGCAGCUCCUGCAACCGAUGAUGGCAGAAGUGCCUCCGCUGUCGCCUUACAAAGAAAGAUUGAUAAUGCCAGCAAUCCAGUAGUGAAGAUAGUAUACCAAGCAGUGGCGGCUGUCGACCACUAUUUGCAUGGUGACCAAAUCAGUAAAGUUCCAAAGGGUACAGUAUUCGACACUGAAGUCAGGGCUCCACCUGGAAAGACCAUCUGUGUGCCUGUGCGUGUGGAACCAAAAGUGUACUUCGCAACAGAGAGAACCUUUCUGUCAUGGUUGUCCAUCAGUUUGAUAUUGAAUGCUGUUGCCAUUUCGAUGGUUAACUACGGAAGUACAACCACCAUGAUCGCGUCGAUCGGCUUUUUCUGCACCGCACUAAUCACGAUUGUCUACAGUGCAUACGUUUAUUGCAACAGAGUGGUCAACAUUAGAUUGAAGAGAGCUGUUGAUUAUCAAGACAAAGUUGGGCCACCACUGGUCUGUGGAUUUCUCAUGUUGUCUAUUAUCUUUAGCUUUUACACAAGUCUCUUUCGCUAA